AGAAAGAGAGAAGAAGAAAGAAGUAAGAAACAAAAAAAGCUGGCAAGCAAGUGGUGGGAGAGAAUAGAUGUGGCGAUGGCAGGUUUGGAACCAGGCCCAGGUUCUCGUUACGUUCACCAACUUCACAGACCAGAGUUGCACUUACAAAGAUCCUUAGACCUUCAAAACCAAACAACCCAAAUCUCAGAUUCUAAUGAAUCACCCGAGAAAGACCAGAAAUCUGAUCCAAACGCAGCCACCACUUCCUCCGCCAAUCGCCGGCCACGUGGUCGUCCUCCGGGCUCAAAGAACAAGCCAAGACCACCAAUAAUUGUUACCCGUGACAGCCCAAAUGCACUCCGAUCUCAUGUACUAGAAAUCUCAGCCGGCGCCGAUGUUGUGGAGUCAAUAUCUAAUUAUGCAAGGCGGCGAGGGCGUGCUGUAUCUGUGCUUAGUGGUGGUGGAUCAGUCGCAAAUGUGACGAUAAGACAACCUGGAGCUCCGGCGGGGAGUGUAGUUACUCUACAUGGGCGGUUUGAGAUAUUAUCGUUGUCUGGGACAGUGUUGCCACCGCCGGCGCCGCCUGGAGCUGGUGGGUUAACGAUAUUUUUGGCAGGUGGGCAAGGACAGGUUUUAGGAGGGAGUGUUGUUGGACCUUUGGUGGCGUCAGGUCCGGUGGUUUUGAUGGCGGCGUCAUUUUCUAAUGCAGUUUUUGAGAGGCUACCGUUGGAGGAGGAAGAGUCACCGGUGCAGGUCCAGCCUACUGCGUCUCAGUCUUCAGGUGUUACAGGUGGUGGUGGUGGUGGAGGUGGGCAAUUGGGUGAUGGUGCAGGUGGUAGCACCGGCGGUGUUCCGUUUUAUAAUUUGGGAGGUAACAUGCCGAAUUAUCAAUUCCCUAGUGAUGUUUUUGGUUGGAGUGGAAAUGCUGGAAGACCUCCACUUUAG